AUGGCGCUGCCCCCGGCCCGCCCCCCCUGUCCCCACCCCGGGCACCGCACUUGCCCACGGUGCCAGCUCCAAGGAGGGCCAGGGGCCACCGGUGAGGAGAGGGAGGGUGAAACCGCGCGGAAGGAAGGGGGGGACAGAAAAGGACAGCCGGCCUCCGAGGUGGAGGGUGUGUCGCGGCGCGCGUCCCGGAGCCCGGCAUUCGCUCGCUCGGCGGAGUGGGCAGGAACGCGCGGGGCGCCGGGAGGGCUGGGCGAGCAGCCCAGCCGGAAAGGGUCAGGGAGGGGGCAGCUCAGUCCUCGUCGUCGAGGCGACUCCGGACCAGCGCUCAAAGUUGGGGAGGGGGUGCCUUCGCGAGCGCCGGCGGCCAGCGACAUAAACAAGGCGACGCACGGAGAGCGGGCGGCCGCCCCCACCCAGCCGGCGCGGGCACUGCCGCAGCGCCCCGCGCCCCGACCGGCCGCUGCCCGCCGCGCCGGCCCCCCGGGCCCUCAGGCCCCGGCCCGGCCCCGCGGGCGUGCGGAGCGGGGCAAGUUCCCGGCCGCCCCCGGCCCCGGGCUGCAGCGCCGCGAGGUCCCCGCGCAGCUCACCUCGCCCCGCCGCGAGCAACAGCGCGGGCCGGGCCGCUCCCGCUCGGACAGCUCGGCUCGGCUCAGCUCGGCGCUGCAGCGGCCGCGGCCCCUACCCGCCCACCCGGCGCGGCCCGCCGCUCCGCUCCGCUCCGGCCACCCGCCCGCCGAGGCUGCGUUCGCGCCCACCUGGCCGGCCUCCCUCCCUCUCCGGGACACUGCGCUCACGUACGCGGCUGCGGCCACAACCCGGCCCGGAUUCCCCGCCCGGGAAGGGAGCGCAGGAGCGCGCCAGCCAGCCAGCGAAGGAGCGAGGCUCGGGACACACCCCCGGCGCCCUCCGCCAGCCCCCUCCCCGCCACAGGCGCCGCGCGCGCACGCGGCCGCGCGCCGGCCACGCGCGCCCGCGCCCUCCCCGCGCCCCCACCGCGCGCCCGCGAUACGCACCCCCGGCCGCUCGUAG